CAAAUGGUAAACCUCGACAGAGUGCUACAAUGUCUUUUGUGUCAAUUUUUAAAUUGAGUUUGAUCAACGCAUACGUGACUUUGUUCUACCUGACCAGAAAAAAAAAAAAACGAACUGCACUGCACUACAAACUCGCGUCAACCUUCAAACCAAACGACCAUGGCAGAAUCCGUUGACAACUCUCUCACCGAUCGCAUCCUGCGUUUAGUGUCCAAGCAAGACAGUUUGCCCGAGUUUCCAGCCGACGCUGAAGAUCUACCUUCGGAUUACGAGUAUGAUCCCGACGCCGACGAGGAGAUUGAAGAGGUCGAAGAAAUAAGCGAGAAUGACUUGUUGCAAUACCUAGAAAGUGAGCGGUCAGCACUCUCUGUGGCGAAACAACUCUUUUUUACGGAACAGCUGGAAAAUGCGAAUCAGCUGCAACUUCAAGUUCUGUCACCAGACGAUGUACAUACUCUCUACAACGUUGGCGCUGUUGUUAUAGACAACGUCAUUGACCCAGCUAUCAUUCGAGGUGCUAACCAAGAGGCUGCGGUUAUGAAGGACAAUGGCGAGUUCCAACCUGCCCAGCAGUAUCGCAAGGAAGGCGAUGAUAUGUUUAGAGAUGAGACCGCGCGCGAUGACCAGACCGUCUGGCUCGAUCCGGCAAUAGACUAUGAACAGGAAUCAAAGCAACACCUGAAUCAAGUCUUGAGAAUGAUCAGCCAAGGUCUCCUUCAAGACUUGUCGAAAAUCAUACAUCUCAACGGCAAAGUAGAAUACCAAUUAGCAUACUAUCAUCCACAAAAUGCGCGCUACGAGCGUCACAGGGACGCCUUUCCUGUAUCAGACCGAGAAGAUGUUACUCAGCGACGUGUGACAGCUAUUGUGUACCUCAACCCUGACUGGGUGCAAGGCGAUGGUGGCGAACUUCGGAUAUUUGGAAAGAACGGUGAAGCUGAUCAAGAUAUUGCUCCCAUCGCCUCUCGCAUGGUUGUAUUUCUUAGUGGUGUAGCUGACCAUGCUGUCGUUGCCGCCUCUCAAGAUCGAUAUGCUUUGACAGCAUGGAUUCGAUAGACUUAUAAAGAUAUCUAUGUACAAUAUUGCCAUUCAAAUUGGAAACUGCCAAAAUCUUGAAAACUUUUUUAUUUCUUUUCAAAUCAGAUCAGAUGAAUCAAAACUUACUUUGUUAAAUACGCAUUGCCAAUAUAAACAAUGUCUUUUUCUUUUUUUCUAUGUACAUCCCAUUACUUCAGCAAGUUUGCCCUCGUUAGCAAGCAUGGAAAUAUCAUCGGAGCCACCAAUGCUGACACCGUUGACAAAUAUAUUGGGGAAGGUAGUUCUUCGAGACAAAUUGUACAAAGCUUGCUUUAUGCCCAUUUGAUCGGCCUGAAGAUCGACUUCCAAGACAGUGUAUUGGCCCGGGCAAUGUUGGUUGAGCACCAUCUUUGCUCUCAUGCAAUAAGGGCUAU